AUGCUCAGUUCGGUGUCAGUCUCCUCUUUCAAAGGACGCAAGGGUGGGAACAAGUCGCCCAACAAAGCAUGUUACAGUGCAGACAUGACUUGUCCGCCAGACAGCGAGAAAAUCGUAAUAAACUGCGGAGGGGUGCGACACGAGACUUACCGCAGCACCCUCAAAACUUUGCCCGGUACCCGCUUAUCCUGGCUUACCGAUCCGGACGCGUUUAGCAACUUCGACUAUGACCCCAAAAUCGACGAGUUCUUCUUCGACCGCCACCCCGGCACAUUCACGUUCAUCCUUAACUACUACCGCACAGGCAAGCUUCACUGUCCCAACGAUGUGUGCGGCCCACUGUUCGAGGAGGAGCUCGCCUUCUGGGGCAUCGACGAGACGGACGUGGAGGCGUGCUGCUGGAUGAACUACCGUCAACACAGGGAUGCCGAAGAGGCGCUGGACAGCUUCGAGCAGCCCGAGCCAGAAGAGCCGGAAGACGACCUGGAGCUGACUGCGGACGGAGAGCUCAAGAGGCUGUGCCUGCAUGAAGACGGGCGCAAGAGGAGCUGGUGGAGUGUGUGGCAACCCUAUUUCUGGAAUCUUUUUGAGGAUCCGUAUUCUUCCAAGAAUGCCAAGUACUGUGCGUUCCUCUCCCUUCUGUUCAUCCUCAUCUCCAUCACCACCUUCUGCUUGGAGACGCACGAGGCCUUCAACACCAUCUACAACAAAACAGAAAACGUGACGGUGGACAAUGUGACGCGUCAGGAGAUCGUCUACGAGGUGGUGACCGACGGCUGGCUCACCUAUGUGGAGGGAACGUGCGUCAUCUGGUUCACCAUUGAGGUCAUGAUGCGCGUGAUCUUCUGCCCCUGCAAGAAGGAGUUCUUCAGUAGCACCCUCAAUAUCAUUGACUUUAUUGCCAUCAUGCCCUUCUACCUGGAGGUGGCGCUGAGCGGUCUGGAUUCCAAAGCCGCCAAAGACGUGUUGGGCUUCCUGCGAGUGGUGCGCUUCGUCAGGAUCCUGCGUAUCUUCAAGUUGACGCGUCACUUCGUGGGCCUGCGGGUGCUGGGCCACACGCUUCGCGCCAGUACCAACGAGUUCCUCCUCCUCAUCAUCUUCCUCGCCCUCGGAGUGCUCAUCUUCGCCACCAUGAUCUACUACGCUGAGCGCAUCGGCGCCGACCCUGACGACCCUACGGCCGCCAAACACACAAACUUCAAGAACAUCCCCAUUGGCUUCUGGUGGGCUGUGGUCACCAUGACCACUCUGGGCUACGGGGACAUGUACCCCGAGACGUGGUCGGGGAUGCUGGUGGGCGCGCUGUGCGCCCUGGCGGGGGUGCUGACCAUCGCCAUGCCUGUGCCCGUCAUCGUCAACAACUUUGGCAUGUACUACUCACUGGCCAUGGCCAAGCAGAAGCUGCCCAAGAGGAAGGGCAAGCACAUCCCUCGGCCCACCAUGCCGGGCUCGCCCAACUACUGCAAGCCAGACGCCCUGGCCAUGGCCACCGCCGGGCCGGGUAUGGUGGGCUCAGGCAGCCUGGGGGGAGGGGACUGCCCUCUGGCCCAGGAGGAGAUCAUCGAGAUCAACAGGACAGAUUCCAAGCAGAAUGGUGACGCAGCCAACGCAGCCCUGGCUAACGAGGACUGCCCCACCAUAGACAUGGUGCUUGGGGAGGAGAGGAGUCCUGCUACUGGGGGUCUGGGCACCGGCGGGAGCCGUGAGCGCUAUCCCCAUGACCGCGCCUGCUUCCUCCUCAGUACCGGAGAGUUCCGUGCUACAGACGGCAACGUGAGGAAAGGUUGUGUCGUGUCAUGCGUUUCGACAGGCUAUGAGAAGUCUCGCAGCCUCAAUAACAUUUCGGGCAUGUCAGGAGCCCCCAUGCGCCUCACCCCCAUCACCAACCCUUUCGAGCCCCCGGGAACCAACCUCCGCCGCUGUCACUCCCCCAUCCCCUCCAUUUUGUAGCGUCAUGAUGUGGAGAAGCAAGCCAACAAGUCAACUGCAGGAGGAGCAUCAGGAAAGAGAGACAUACCAACACCACUGUAAUCCCAGUACUCCCAUUUAAAUUAGUCCGAUAGUGAUAAUGAUAAUGAGCUGUAGGGGGUGCCAUUUAGCCACAUUUUAAUAAUGCUCUAUAUUGAAAGCCAGGUAGAGGGGGACAUGCAGUGUAAAAGAGACUUAGAAUGAAUAGCAAAAAUAUCCACUAUGACUACAUGCACUUUACCACCACAUGCAACGUGCAAUAUGUUAAGCCGAAGCAAAAUGUUAAGAGGUAUUCAGUGUAAGUCUACAGCAAUGCUACGCCUGUUGGAGCAAUGAGAACACACACCACCACACACACACACACACACACACACAUAUACUCUCACACACUUGCCUUAUUAACAUGGAUUGAGUGUAGGUUAGUGAUUGGGACUGAUAAAUAAUGUAGUGAGCUACAAUAGCAGGCCUCCCUGUGUUAUAGUAAAUGUGUGCUGUUCUUGCACUCAGUAUUACCACUAAUCCUAAAGAGCUCCCUUAGUCCAAUGAGACUUCUGCUGAUACUCUACACCCCCACACAACAUCAAGCCUCGACAGCUAACCCAUCCACUCACUCUCACACACACACAUCGCUUGUAUUUGGGAUGAGAACACACAGUAACUAACACCAACAAAAUAUCGAAUAUAUAUUAAAAUGCAUGCAUUCGUUUUUUGAAGAAGAAAAAAAAAAUCACACAAAGAAAUUCUUCUAUUUAACAGAAAAUCUUU